AUGGAAGAAUCGGCAACCAGUAAGGAAUGGCACGCCCAGAAUAACCAAUGGAUUCAACAAGCCUUUGGCGAACAGGCCAGGGAGGCCUGCGUGACCUAUGCUGUUCUUGUAAAGGGCCUAAGGAAAGCCGAGUUACAAGGGAUCACAGAUGAAGCCUUCGGCGCUGAAAUAGGCCUCCAGACAGUCGACAAGGUCAAAUUUCGGCUCCCAGCCAACCCAGGGUUUACCAGGGCUACUGUGAUUGUUACCCUAGAGAGCCAGGAGGAGGCCCGGAGGGCCUGCGAACAGGGGAUCAUUUGGAGAGCCCAGAUAUGGGACUGCGAGCCCUACUGGGCUGCCCUGGAACUAAAGCAGUGUUUCAAGUAUUGGAAAUGGGGCUAUAUACAGAGACACUGCCAGAAGGAGGGCCUGUGUGGAAGGUGUGGCACUGGAGCUCACGGGGAGGGCGGGAGGGCUGGGGAGGCCCUCUGCCCUACCCAAGGAGGCCAAGUGCCUCGCGAGUGCGCUUGUUGCAGGGCAAGAGGCCACGCAGCCUGGGCCAAGGAGUGCCCGGAGAGGAUCAAGGCUAAGGAGGGAGCUAGAGAGGCCUACCAGUACCGACCAAGGGCGUUCGGACCAGGGCCUGCAAUAGCUACUACAGCUACUGCCACGGACCGAGUAGAGCCUGUAUUCACCUUCGUACGGGCUCAACAACAACAGGAAGACGAAGAUGGAUUCCAGAGGGUAGGGACGAAGAGGUCCCGGCUGGCUCGAGGCCGCGCCUUUGCUUUCAGUAGCUGA